AUGGAAGAUGCUCUUGUUGGUCAUGUAGAACACUUUGUCAACAACUAUAAGAAAUUAUGUCUUUCUCGUGGCGUAGUAGCUCUAGAUGACAAAUUAAAGAUGUCUGAGUUGUUUGAUGGUCUAAUGAAUCAGCUCAGAAAUAUGAUGAUAGGGUACGAAACUGAGGAAGUGCAUAUUUUAUUGAAAGAAAUCGAAGACACGGUGCCUAGUGAACCUUGGUAUAGUGCUCAAAGAUUGAAUCAGAUUAUAGUUAUAUGUAAUCAACUCUUCAAAAUCAGAUAUAACUCUAACAUAGAGGGAGAAGAAGCAGUUGUGGGCUUUGAUAAUGAAGUAGAAAUUCUACUUGAUCAACUAACUGGAAAUUCUGCAAAGUCGUUGCAGGUUAUCUCAAUUGUAGGAAUGGCUGGGCUUGGUAAGACGACUUUAGCUAGCAAACUAUACAGGGAUCCAUUAAUAGAGUAUAUGUUUGAUUUUCGAGCGUGGGCUUGUGUUUCUCAAGUAUAUGUCAAGAAAGAUUUGUUACUUACCAUAUUAAGCUCCUUUAUCCAUGACAUGCCAGAUGAGUUCUAUGAAUUGUACGACCAUGAAUUAGGGGAAAAACUAUACAGAAAAUUAAAAGGUCAUAAAUAUUUGGUUGUCUUUGAUGAUAUCUGGGAUUAUAAGGCCUGGAACGAUCUCAAAAUGUAUUUUCCAGAUGACAGAACCGGAAGCCGGGUGUUGUUUACUAGUCGUGACACAGACGUGAGUUUGCAUGUUCAGUCAGCAAGACCUGCUCAUGUUUUGCGUCUCCGUACUGAGCCUGAAAGUUGGGACAUAUUUCAAAAGAAGAUUUUUAGAACCGGAAUAUGCCCUCCUCUGUUGAAAGAUUUUGGAAGGGUUAUUACAAGAAAAUGUGAAGGUUUGCCUCUUGCAAUUGUCAUAGCUGCUGGUCUUUUGAAAAAUAAUUGGUCAAGUUCGUGGUGGAGUCAAAUUGCUGCAAGUCUAAGUUCAUAUAUGGUUAGUAAUCCAAACCAAUACAUGGACUCACUUGCUUUAAGCUACAACCAUUUGCCUUCUCACUUAAGACCCUGUUUUCUCUAUUUUGGAGCAUUUCCUGAGGACUAUGAGAUUCACAUGACAAAGCUGAUUUGGUUAUGGAUAGCUCAAGGGUUCAUAAAUGACACCGGAAAUAGAAUCUUGGAGGAUGUUGCAGACGAUUUCUUAAAGGAUCUGGUCAAGAGAAGUCUGGUAAUGACUCCAAGAAUAAAGGCUGAUGGGCAAGUUAAAACAUGCCGCAUCCAUGACUUGUUGCGUGACUUUACCAUGAGGACAGCCGAGGAAGAGAAAUUUAUGUCCAACAUCUAUAGGUAUGGCAUGGUCUCGUCAAUGCUUUGUUCUCCAUUGGAGGUAGGAAAAGUUCUUCAAGAGGGUGGAUCAGUUCUUGCCGAAACUUACAAACUUCUCAGGGUUCUAGAUAUGGAGUCUCUCUCUGUUUCCGUAUUUCCUUUGGAUAUAACACGACUGGUUAAUCUGAGAUACUUGGCCAUUCAAGCUCAUAAUGGAAGUCCCCAAGCAUCAAUAUCAAACCUCGUCAACCUACAAAUGCUGAUAAUAUUGUCAAAGAAGAACGUUCUUUUACCAAAAACCAUAUGGAAUAUGGUAAAUCUGAGGCACCUCUAUAUCAAAUCAGGGGAAAACCAUAUAGAGGAAACUUGUUCUGGGCAAAUGAUAGAGAACGAUGGUUGUCUAAAGGGGUUGGCUAGUCUUCAAACCUUAUCUCAAGUAAGUCCCCUAUCUUGCACAAAUAUAUGCUCAAGGUCUCCCAAUCUUAGGAAGCUUGGGUUUUGUGGACCCUUAAUAUCAAGGCUAGGCGAUAUGGAAUUUCCAAAUUUGAGCUCUUUGUUUCACCUCCAAAAAUUGAAGUUAUUCAACACAUUUUCUCACCCUGAGUUGACAAGAUCGUGCAAUCCUAUUAUGUUUCCUCAAAACCUUAAGAAACUAACUCUGUCAAAUACUGGCAUGGAUUGGGAAGAGAUGUGGACCUUCUCGCUUCUACCCAACCUGGAGAUUCUAAAAUUAAAACAUCAAUCAUGCAUUGGACAAACGUGGGAGACAGGGGAUGCAGAGUUUCGGCGACUCAAGGUCUUAAAAUUGCAUGAUCUGGAUAUGGUGCAAUGGAUUAGUUCGAAGGAUAACUUCCCAAGACUACAACGUUUGGUGGUUCAACGUUGUUUAAAGCUUAACACAUUUCCACGGUUGCUAGGGCAGAUUUAUACACUAGAGGUGAUUGAGGUAAAUGGAUGCAAUCUCUCAACAUAUAAUUCAGCAAUGGAGAUUCAGAAAGAGCAAGAGAGUGAUGGAAAUUGUUUUCUGAAAGUCCAUGCAAUAGGAAUAGGCUACAAGCAUCAUGAGCUGAUCAUGAUUCAUAGAAACCUAAAGCGAGCGCGAGUCUCUAAUUAAGGCCUUGCAACAUUAAUAAGUAUAUAUGCAGUAAACAGUGGAUUUUUUGAAUAAGUUUUUUCUAAUUUGUCUUAGAAAAACAUGUAUUGUUUUGUUUUAUGAGUUGAAAUAUUUUUCCUAGAUUUACAGCAA